CCAAUCAGCGGGUGGAGAGAUCGCGGGGCGGUGAGUCAAGGUUGACUGCAGGCGGAUCAAUAAAUCACGACGCCUUAUCUUGGGGCGCGACUACGCUUUGAUCCGCUUUUUUUCGUUUCCGGCGUCAAAAAUGGGAAAUGGGAAAAUAGAUAGUUUCCCUGCACUAUGUCGGCGCAAAAAAUGGAUGGGCGCGACCAGACCAGCGAUGCGUCGUCCGUUCCUGGCUCCUUCAGGCGUCUCCACUGGUUGUCUGUUCAACAACAGGCAGGAUGAGGCAGCAGUAGUGGCGGGGAAAGCGGAUGUGUUGGAGGUAUGUGGUUUGAGUAAUGUCCUGUGUGCGUAUGUAGGAUGGUGCACAGCAGUACUAGAGUCGGUCUGAGGUGGUCACCCUAAAGCGAUGGGAGUGUAUGUAGUAUGUAUGUGGAGGAAGGA